AUGCGACGGAGCUUCUUUUCGACCCUCCGGGUUCUCCAACACGACAACCCUCUGGGCCUACCGCGCUCCGGCACCCCGCCGUCCUUCCCUCGCCGCCGUGGUCUGCCCGAGAAACGCAAGAUUCGCGAUGUGAACAAGGUGAUUGCGGUUUCGUCGGCGAAGGGAGGGGUCGGGAAAUCCACAGUAGCAGUAAACCUGGCGCUAUCGCUUGCGCGACGCGGUAUUCGGACCGGUAUUCUAGACACAGACAUCUUCGGACCGUCGAUACCGACGCUGCUUAACCUAUCGGGGGAACCGCGACUAGACGAGAACAACUGCCUCCUCCCGCUGACAAACUACGGCCUCAAAUCCAUGUCGAUGGGCUACCUCCUCCCCCAAGCGGAAGCGACGCCCGACUCCUUUGGCAAUCUACCCAUGGACACGACGCCGAUCUCCUGGCGCGGCCUGAUGGUGACGAAAGCGAUGCAUCAGCUCCUGCACUCCGUCUCGUGGGGCCCGCUCGACGUGCUGGUCCUCGACCUGCCCCCGGGGACGGGAGACGUCCAGCUCACCAUCAACCAGGAGGUCGUGGUCGACGGGGCAGUCAUUGUGACCACCCCGCAGGACAUUGCCCUCCGGGAUGCCGUGCGCGGGUACGGCAUGUUCCGUAAGAUGGACGUGCCCGUGCUAGGCAUGGUGCGCAACAUGGCGUAUUUCGCGUGUCCGAACUGCGGCCACGAAACCAAGAUCUUCUCCCAUAACUCUUCCUCUUCUUCCUCUACCCACGACGAGAACGAUUGGGGCGUCCUGGCUGAAUGUCGUCGGCACGGUAUUGACUUCCUAGGCGACAUCCCCCUCGAUGCCCGCGUCUGCGAAGAUGCCGAUCGCGGUAUGCCUACUGUUGUUGCAGAGGAAGGAGACGACUCCAGUGCAAGGAGAAGAGCCUUCCUUGCUAUUGCCGAUAAGGUUGCGGCCAGUGUGGGAUUGCCUGUGAAAUAG